CUAGCAAACCUGAACAGUGCUCAGAUCACCUACAGCUGGAAGGAAAGGCCUUAUGCAUGUCUGAGUUUCUGCAAGGUAGACUAUGGAGGAAACUAUCUACCCUUAAUACUGGACACUAUAAUUGUAUUGAAUUUUAACCCCUUGCAUAUUUUUAAACUAUAUAUCUCUAACCACCAUUUCUUUGUCAUUGUAUCUUAACUGGACGUGCUUGCUCUUUAGUGUGUUUGUGUGUGUGUGUGUGUGUAUAUAUAUAUAUAUAUAUAUAUAGUGUGUGUGUGUGUGUGUGUUUGCUCACACACACAUAUAUUCUGCAGUUUGUCUUGUCCUGCAUGCUAAAGCUAGUUGCUCCCUGCCCUGCUCAACAUUGGUUUUGUUAACUUAAAUGUUAUUCAACAUCCUGCUUAUCUCUAAAGAUUUUCUCUGUUAUUUCUUCUCCCCCCCCCCCUUAUUUUAUUGAUACCCACCCGAAUGUCUUGCUUGACCAAUCCUCACCUCUUCUGUGCAUCUCCAUUCCAUAGCUUUUAUUGCAGUCCUGUUUUGACCCUAUCAUCUCUGUCUUCAGAUCCAUCACCCAACCCCUCUCCCCCUGUCAUCCUAAGCUCAUUUGCACCUGCUACAGCACAAGAGGUUUCUGCUCUGCUCCUGUCCUCCCGCCCCACCACCUGCUCCCUCGAUCCUAUUCCCUCGCAUCUCAUCCGCACUUUGUCUCCCUCUCUUGCUCUUCCUCUCGCUAACAUUUUCAAUCUCUCCCUUUCCUCUGGCACAUUUCCCUCUGCCUUCAAACAUGCAACCGUAACCCCAAUUCUGAAAAAGCCCAACCUCGAUCCCAACUCCCCAUCCAACUACCGCCCUAUCUCGCUACUGCCAUUUGCCUCCAAGAUCCUCGAGAGAGUUGUCUACGCCAGAUUGACAGACUUUCUUGAAUCCAACUCUCUGCUUGACCCCCUUCAGUCUGGAUUCCGCGCUGGUCACUCUGUCGAAACUGCUGUGACCAAAGUAUCCAACGAUUUAAUUGCUGCUAAAUCUCGCGGCCAAUACUCUAUCCUAAUCCUCCUUGAUCUUUCUGCCGCCUUUGACACUGUUGAUCAUCAACAGCUUCUUCACAUUCUCCGUAACUUUGGUCUACGGGAUUUUGCUCUCUCCUGGUGCUCCUCCUACCUCUCCCAGCGCUCCUUCAGUGUUUCUUUCUCUGGCUCUGCCUCUUCUCCCCAACCCCUCCCUGUCGGUGUCCCCCAGGGUUCUGUCCUCGGCCCCCUACUGUUCUCUAUCUAUACUGCCUCCCUUGGUAAACUCAUCAGCUCUUUUGGCGUCCAAUACCAUUUAUAUGCAGAUGACACGCAAAUCUACCUGUCCUCCCCUGAUCUCUCUCCGCCCACCUUGACUCGUGUUUCUGACUGCCUCUCUGCUAUUUCCAACUGGAUGGCUGCUCACUUCCUUAAACUCAACCUGUCCAAAACAGAACUUCUAGUUUUUCCUCCCUCAAGUGCUGCUACUCCUGUGUCUGUCGCCAUCCAAGUCAACGGCGCUACUAUCACCUCUACCUCCCAGGCUCGCUGCCUAGGGGUUCUUUUUGAUUCUGAUCUCUCUUUUACUCCCCAUGUUCAAUCGAUAGCCAAAUCCUGUCGCUUCCAACUCAAGAACAUAGCGCGCAUCCGCCCAUAUCUAACGCCGGACGCGGCUAAGGUACUGGUUCAUGCUGUUGUUCUCUCUCGCCUUGACUAUUGCAAUCCCCUUCUCACCGGUCUUACAUGUUCCCAGCUUGCACCGCUGCAAUCUAUAAUGAAUACGGCUGCGAGGCUUAUUUUCCUGUCCGGUCGCACCUCCCACGCCUCCACGCUCUGUCAGUCCCUGCAUUGGCUUCCAGUUAGAUAUAGGGCCCAAUUCAAAAUUCUGGCGCUUGCUUACAAAUCCCUACAUAAUGCUGCUCCAACAUACCUAUCCUCCCUCAUACACAAGUAUGUCCCGUCGAGACCCCUGCGCUCAGCCCAAGACCUACUCCUAUCCUCUGCCCGGAUCCCCACCUCUGAUGCUCGCCUUCAAGACUUCUCCAGGGCUGCACCUAUUCUGUGGAACUCCCUUCCCUCCUCAAUCAGACUUUCACCCAGCCUCCAUUCCUUCAAAAAAUCUUUGAAAACUCACUUCUUUAUUAAAGCGUAUCAAUUAAACUGUCAGCAGGUUUCUCAUCCCCCACCCCAUGACUCCGUUCCUUCACCUGUCAAAAAUGACCUACCAAGCACUCAAUAAACCCUUCUGUAACAAACUAUUUAAUUCCCCUACUUUAACCCUUUGUGUCACUAUACCCCACUCCCUCUAGCAUGUAAGCUCAUCGAGCAGGGCCCUCAACCCCCUCUGUUCCUGUACGUCAGUGGUCUGAUCUCAAUUAUGUGUCUGUUAGUCCACCCAUUGUACAGCGCUACGGAAUUUGUUGGCGCUAUAUAAAUAAUAAAAUAAUAAUAAUAAUAAUGAAGAGGAGCAAAGCCAGUAACCAACCUCAUGCUGAUGAGUUGCAUUAACAAUGAAACAGCUGUCCAUGAGUAGUUCACUGGUUUUGCUCCUCUUCCUGAGUUGUGUUUCAAGGCUGUUGUAUACAUUGGUGGGAUAGAGUCUGUAGUGGGAGGGCUAGGGGCUGUAGUUGGAGAGAUAGGGGCUAAAAUAGGGGAGUUUGGUGCUGUAGUACAGGAGUAAGGGGCUGCAAUUGGGUGGAACGGAAUCUAGUAGGGUAUAGAGGCUGCAAUUGGGGGGUUACUUACUAUCUCAGUAGUAAUUAUACUGUCUGGAGUGUCCACUCCACUCGCUCUAUCUGCAAACUGCAGUCUCAGCAAGGUAGGUAAGGUGUCACACCGAAGGUGUAAUUGCACUACCCGCUCCCUAGUCCCUCUGCAAUCACCUGGCAGGGUAAGGUGUGGCUGCACAAUCAUAGCCUGCGCCCCAGGCGAUGGUUGCGCCUUCUCUGCACACCUACAGAAUAUUACUACCCCCCUCUGCUAUUUUAGCUGUCAUGACAGGGGCUCCUUGAUGUCCGAUGCGCUAUUAGACUUUGCGUAGGAGCGCUGCAUUUCACACGACUACCCUGUGCUCCUACGCAUAACGUGAAGGGGGAUAUUCUACCUGAUGAUAUGACGUGUGCGGCUCCAUAGGGGUAAUAUCCUGGAAAUAGUUUUUUUUUAGAGUGAGUGAGAGAGAAUUCAAUGGUCAUUUCAAAUGAUUAAAAAUUACCAUUAAACACACUUUAAAAAAAAAUUGAUUAACAUGAUAUUUUAUAGAAUUCGCAGGCCCUCAGGAGCAGCAAUUAAAAUGUGGGAGACUGUCCUUCCUAUUGUGUUUUACAUCUCCACCCCUAGUAAUUAAGCUUUUUUUGAACAGGGUCCUUAUCAACCUAUUGGUCCUGUCAAAAUCUGUAAUAGUUUGCUUCAUAUGCAGUAACAUUUUUCAUAAUAUUGUAAAGUACUGCAAAAUAAGUUGGUGCUAUAUAAAUUCCAAUAAUAAUAAUAGAUGAUGUCACCCACCAUCUUGUAAACGCACUGACCAUGAGUAAUGGGUCGAAUAAUAGCAUAACCCAACUAAAGGAGUAGUAAUAUGGCUGAAAACAUGGCAAAUAAUAUAAUUUAUAAAACUCUUGUUCUUAAGUUUACAAUGCCCUAAUGAGCAUUAACCAGAUCCCCUUUAUAAUCCUACAAAUAAAGAUUACAUUUCACUGAAAUCCAGUGUUGGGCAAAGCUACCCUCACUGGUUUCAACACCUCAGUCAACAUAAUUUCUGCCACUCAUUGUCCAAUCUAAUGUUUCUCACACACAUGUAUUCCUGUCCCUAUAGUGUUAAAACCACAAUUUAGGUGGCUUGCCCACCCCUAGCCCCCUAAGAAAGGUUUAAAACUUAACUUAUUUCCGGCUCUCUACGGGUCUGCAGGCGCAGGCCCUGCCCCCAACUCGCCUCUUGGGCUGACAUAAUUAGAAUUGAUGAUCUCAGCCAAUCCAAUGCUUUCCCACAGGGAAAGCAUUGGAUUGGCUGAGAUCGGCAAGGAGGCUCGGCCAUAGCCAAUCAGUGAAUUAAUGCAUCUCUAUGAGGAAAGUUUAGCGUCUCCGCUGAAUGUCAUAGUGUGUACAGCAGUGGGAAAGCAUUUGAUUGGCUGAGAUCGGCAAGGAGGCUGGGCGAGGUAAAACACUGCCCUAGCCAAUCAGUGAAUUAAUGCAUCUCUAUGAGGAAAUUGUAGCAUCUGUGCUGAAUGUCACAGUGUGUACAGCACUGCCCCAGGAAGCACCUCUAGUAGCGAGCUGAGGAGUGGCCACUGGAGGUGUCCAUAGGCUUUAAAGGAUCACUAUAGUGUCAGGAAAACAAACCCAUUUUCCUGACACUAUGUCAUCCUUGGGGGACCCUCACGGUCUGCCUCCUGUGGCACUGAAGGUUAAAACCCCUUCAGCAGCUUACCUUAAUCCGGCGCCGGGCUCCCUCGGUGCUGGUGAUCUCUCCUCCCCUGCCAACAUCAGCUCCCGAGUGGAGCAGAAUGCGCAUGCACGGCAAGAGCCACGCGCAUUCUAACAGUCCAUAGGAAAGCUUUUCUCAAUGCUUUCCUAUGGAUGUUUUGCAAGCUGGAUGCGGUUUUCGCAUCCAGCGUCGCAGAAGCGCCCCCCUUGCGGCUGUCAGGAAGAAACUGCUAUGUUUACAUGUGAAGGGUUAAAACCUGGGGGACCUGGCACCCAGACCACUUCAUUGAGCUGAAGUGGUCUGGGUGACUAUGGUGUCCCUUUAAUGUAAACACUGCCUUUUCUCUAAAAAGACAGUGUUCACAACAAAUGACCUGCAGGGACUGACUAUACUUACUAGAACAACUACAUUCAUCUCUGGUUGUUCUAGUGACUAUAGUGUCCCUUUAAGAAAAAAAGAAUGCCUGGAUAUUGUAUGAUAUGUGGAGGGAGCACACUGACAAGAGAUGUCAUUUUUGUACAGAAUUAACAUUAGGCAGCCCGGAGCAUUUUUAGUCACAUGCAGAGUACUAUGUAUACGCAGCGUUUCAAUUAGAAAGGCUGCACAUACAGACUCCUAGCAUCACGACCACUUCUAAAAGUAGAAGUGGUCAUGGUGGUUAGAGUAACUGAUUAAGUUCCCUUGAGCCAUUGACAUCACAUGCUCCAAAGUUUAUUAAAACCCUUAAAGGGUAACACCAAAUCUUUAGGGGGUUUGAUUUAAAAUGUCCUAUUGGACACUACUAAUUUGCCCCAUAGAGAAGGCUGUGAUUGGACUGUUUUGCCAGCUCAGAUGUGCAAGAGAGAAGCUCAAUACGUCAUAUGCUACCAGCAUGCAUUGUGCGCUAACAAAGUAUGCAUUUUAUGUACAGAAUUGACAUUAGGCAUCCCAGAACUGUAAAGUCAUCUGUGCUGUGGGUUGUAAUUAGCACCUGGCAGAGUGUUGCAUAUUUCUCUGUAUGUGCGGCACUUCCAGCAGAAGCACUGCAAAUACAGAUUCCUACUACCAUGACCACUUAAUAUCACUUAAAUGAUUAUGGUGGUUUGAGUAACCAUUUAAAAUGACUGCCUACUCAUUGGACUAUUGUAAGAAAAAGAUGUGGCAAAGCUGGCACCAGUUCCCUUCUAUAAUCCCAUUGUACAGCGCUACGGAAUCUGAUGAUGCUAUAUAAAUAAUAAAAUAAUAAUAAUAUCCUUUGAGAGGCUUAAAAACAUACAGAUUUUAUAAACUUAAGAGACAAAAGGUUUUGUGUUUUAAACAUUUAUUGUUGAUGAAGCUACGGAAUCUGAUGGCGCUAUAUAAAUAAUAAAAUAAUAAUAAUGAAGCCUUUGUUAGCAACCUUUUCAAAGCACAUGGAUUGCCAGAAAACAGCCAUCACUGUGCAUCCAGGCAGAGUAAGUGACAACGAACAUGUCACACAAAUAACGUUGUCAAUAAAGUUAUUUAGUAAAAAAAAAAAAAAAAAGUUUUAAACGCUAGAGACAGCCUCUCCUUGCUACCUGAGCGCGCUGGAAUGCUUCUGUAAGGGAUUCGAGCAAACUGUCCCUGUGCCCUGUCUACUGUUAUCGUGACUUUUGUGUUUAUAACACUUCUGUGGGGGCGUGUCCGCCGUAAUGGUGCAUUGUGGGAGCGGGCAGGCCAGUGUUGAUUAGCCGCUGCCAGACUCCUCCUCUUCCUUUUCAGAGCUCGCAACCGGUCGAGAUGGGUCACCAGCAGCUGUACUGGAGCCACCCGAGGAAGUUCGGACAGGGGUCCCGCUCCUGGUGGGUAUCAGGGCGGUCCGUGCUAGGGCUGGGGUGCUGCCCUGUGAGGGGUGGGGGCAGGGGAUGCGUGUAGUGUUGGUCCCAGGGCUUUAGGCCUCGUGGGGACCAUCAUGGCGGGGAGGCAGGUAAUGGCGGCUGCUCAUCAUGGCUGCCUCACACUGUAUCAUGGGACAAUUCUAGGACUAAUACCUUCCUCACCAGCGUGAGAUCAUCGUCCCAUGUCCUAUCACAAGGGGUCUGUCUUUACCCCAAUCCUCAUCUAUUGUUCGUGUAGUGUUUUGUAACCGUCCCAUUUAUUGUUAAAUUCCCCCCCAUUUUAUUAUUAAUCUCUGCUGCAUAGGCUGGCGCUAUAUAAAUUCCAAAUGUAAUGAUUAUGCAAGCAAGUCUGUAUGCUAAGGCUUAUUCAAUCCACACUUCCCCUUGGUACAUGCUGCUUUUGUGUGGCACCGGGGCUUGCAUAGAAGAGAACGUUUGUAGAACUCACGUGUGUUCUAGAAGUUUGUAUUCAUUUUAGGGCCUAGCAGAGCAACAAUAAUUACUGACAUAAAAUGGUAGUGUUGGAUUUUAACACUUGAUGUCCCCUGGUAAAAUAAGGUGUGACUUUAACCACUACCAUCACUAUCUGACUUGGAUGUUGCUUUGUGUUAAGUUACUGAGCUUCAGGGCUUAAGAGUUCUUCCAAAAAGCCUAAUGUGUGUCUUUAUGCUCUAUGCACCGUUUCUCAAACUAAAUAAGCUUUAUGGGCACAUAUCUAGGUUUUCUGGGCACCACUAUAUUCACUCUAUAGCUCAGUGAGAAAUGAAUGCUGCUCCUGCCCUCUGAGUGAAGCCCAAGAGCUUCUGGCUCUCAUUGAGCUGUGGGAGAGGAGCAACUACUAGUGGACUUCAGGUAAGAGGUGAAACGUUCUAAAAGGCACUCAUGACAUAUGUGCUAUUUAUGGCAGUUAUAUAGCACCAACUUAUUCAACAGCUCUUUACAAUAUUUUAAAGGGGAAAAUUAAGCAGACAAUAAAAUGUUACAGGAAUAGGUUGAUGACUACAAUGCGUAGUAGUGGUCAUGGUGUUUGGAAUAUUCCUUUAAACUUGCCUCCUUUGGUUUUUAACCCGGAAAGGGUUAGAAUCCAUUUAAAAACUUACCCGAUUCCUGUCAUCCAAUGGGCAGGGGACCUAAUGUGCAUGCAUGGCGAUCAGUGUGAACGCAUUAGGUCUUCUCCAUAGGAAGACAUUGAAUCAAUGCUUUCCUAUCAAUUUAUUCAACAUGGUGAUGUCCUCAUGCAAUGUGUGAGCAUGUCCAGCACUGUUUCAUGGAGUCAGGUAGUGGCUCCAGUGUCUGGUAAAACUGCAAUAAUGUUUUUUUAAAUUGCAAGGUUAAAGAAACAGGAACACUGCACCCAGACAACUUCAAUGAGCUUAAAUAAUCUGGGUAUCUAUAGUGUCCCUUUAAUGUUGGCUAUUUUUUUUUUCCCCCUCUAUGGCUUAUAUUGUUUUAAUGCCAUCUCUUUUUCCUAGCCGCGUGUGCUCUAACAGACAUGGAUUGAUCCGCAAAUAUGGACUGAACAUGUGCCGUCAAUGUUUCAGGCAAUAUGCAAAGGAUAUUGGCUUUGUCAAGGUAUGUGUUCUAGUAGUCACUUAGUAAUUGAACUGUCAAGUAAACCUUGCACCAGAACAGCAACAGUGUUGAAGUCAUUAUGCUGCACCUUUAAUGAAAUACUUCAGGCUUGCUAUAACAGCCCACUUUAAAUUGACACUUCCCUGCAUUAGUUAUGGUAUAUUGUGGUCCCCUGUUAUACUCCUGCUGUAAACUUAUAAAGUAGUCAGUCACAUCCUAUGUGAUAAGUGAAACUGCUCCUGGCAGGUAAACUACGAAUUACAUAUACACUUUCUGAGGAGGCAUUUGUUGGAUAAAAACAGACCCGGGUUAAAGGCUGCUAAUUGAGCUCUUGACUAGAGGAGUCAACCUGCAUUUUUAUGUAUUUAUAUAAAGUGCAGAAGUCUCAGGUUUCAGUUAGUUUAAGGGGAUAUUAAAGCAAAUGCUGGUCUCAAUGGCUCAACCCUGUAUAAUAAACGUUGUUCCCUUUUAUAUGUAAUCUCUUAUUCUCAUCAAAUCAAACUGUUGGUUAAAUUUAUCAUUUACCAGAAGCUAUCAGUUAACGAAACUCAGAAAUUUGUAUAUAAAAUCCAAAUUGGAAAACGAAAGCAAAGAUAGCUGAUCUAGAAAAAAUUUUGCUAUAGUCAAAGCUUCUGCAAAUUUAGUAAAUAACCCUGCGUGCUUAAUGUCUCUUUGCUAAUGUCACAAGCUCUGUCAAGUAACAGAUAUAGUAUUUUCAUUAUCAAAAUAAAUUUUCCAAACAUUUCUGUUCAAUAAAUAAAAUUUCUUUCCCUAUUUUCUACGAGUGGUGUUUGAGUCCUUAUCAUGGAAAUCUGUCAGUAAGAUAAAAUUACUAUUUUAGUAAAGGGUUUGACAAAAUUGUUUGGAAUGUAGGAACCGGCUAAAAGUUAGGUGCCAGAUUUUAUUUAUUUAAAUUUUCUGUUUAGUUUUCAACAAAAAAUGCAAUUCUGAAGACACCAGUGCCACUACAGCUUAAUGUAGUUAUUCUGGUGUCUAUAGCCUGUACCUGCAGACCUUUCAAUAUAAACACUGCCUUUUCCUAGAAAAGGCAGUGUUUACAAUGCUGCCUAGUAACACCUCUAGUGAGUCACUCAGAAUGCUACUUGAGUCCUUUUUAUACACGUACACAUCACAAACUGACCUUUCUAUUUUAACUGAAAUCCACACAGUCUCCCUAACUUUGUGAGAGCAGAGUAGAUCUUUUCUGUGUGAGGGAGCAGUAAUCUACCUGCAGCUUCUUUCUGCUCUUUGUAGUGAUGCUGGGGCCAGAGUGGUGUCAUAUUCCGGCUCCUGCCAUCAUUAAACAGUACGUGAAGGAGCAGAGAGGAACGGCAGGAAUAUUACUGCUCGCACACCACCUACAAUGCUCUUGCAGGCGGCUCCUUGCUGCCUCAGCCGUAUGGCCAGCUUUAAUAUUACCUUGGGUGGCCGCUUUAAUUAAAGGACAUCCAAGACAGCAGGGUGAAAUUUCUAGUCUACCUGGUGCCUGAGAUUUGAGCCCUGAUUUAGUAGAUACACUAUUGUAGCUUGCAAAAGCUGCAGCUCUUAUACCUGCAGACUCUGCAUAUAACUUUUUUGACACGGUCAGGUAAUAGGCAACUCGUGACUGUAAGCUGUGAGUGUACGUGCAGUGAGAAAGUCAGGUGAAAUCCUGUCGAUGUGCUCCACAGGCUUGCCAUAUAACUUAACAUUAGUUUGCCUCUUGCUAAGGUAUUAAAAUGUUUUUGGUGUGUUUGGUUAAAAAAAAAAGCUACUUUUUCUAUUCUGAAAUUGAUCUUAUGAUUACUUUAGUAGUUUGUAAAAACAAGCCUAUUUGACAGAAUUAUUGGGGUAAAAAUUAAUCUUUAAAAUAAAUCCUAAACCUACUCUAAGUUACUCCUUAUUUCGCCCAAACCAUUAGGUCUGUAAAUACCUUCCUUAUAAAGAUGAUGCUUGCACUAAAGAAGCUUAUGGAAUAAGUAACUUAUCACUUACAAUGGGUGGAACUACUCUGUAAACAAACAUCCAUGCUACUGUCCCUGACUUGGUGUUGUCUUCUAGGAAUUGGGCAGUCCAAAGUUAUGCUUGCAAACAACAAACUUGGACAAAAACAACCUGGCAACUAAGUGCUCUUAGGGGCCAUCUCAUAGAAUGGCAUCAAAUAGCGAUUUGUAAAAGCAAUCUCUGAAGCUCUGAGCUGGCUUUAGGUGCCUUAUUUGCCACCAUUCAAAGUUGUUUAGUGAUCCCUUUAAUCUGUAUGCGUCCCCUUAUUUAAAAAUAUUUUCAUGUGCUCUUUCCUCAGCUGGACUAAACAUAUUCCCUCUAUGGAAAAACCUGUCACAAUCUGGUGACCAUGGAAGAAUUAUUCGUAGCGCACUGGUAUCAACAGAAACAUGAACAUCUUAUGGACAUAAACAUCUUCUACAAUUUUCAAACCACAAAAAGAAUGUCCGUUUUAUACAUGUUAAAAUAUCAAAUUGGGAGGUCCUCAAAUAAAUAUUGAACCCAAACUAUUGUCCUUUCUGCAUUUAUAAGGCUUAUAUAUUUUUUCUUCCUGUAGCAUUUGGUCUUUUUGUAGUAGCUCAUAAAGCAGUUGCAUCCAGAUCAGCUGAGUUCUAUACUAUUUAAUCUUCUGUUUGAGCUAAAAUGUCGCACUGUUCUCUAGUAGCUAAACAUUGUAAGCUUAACUCAAGCCCUGUUACACCAUUGCAAAUACUGCCAGUCUAAUGAAAUUGUUAAUGUGCAGUGGUGUCAUAUGGCAUUGACCAGGCUGCUAUGAAAUUAUGGGAGCAUUGUCAGAGGCAUGAGACUGACCCUCAAUUAAUGUUAAUUGAUACAAUUCACCAUGGUAAAGUAAGCUUCAAUUAUAUUGUUUGUAACACCAUACUAGUGAGUAGAUGCCAAGAAUACAUUAUAAUGAAUUUAACAUGAAGUAUAAAAGUUAUAAUGAACAAGUGGUUAGUUCAUUUUUAGUUCAACAAUAAUCAGGUUGAAAAUAAUACCCCAGGGAAAGUUCAAUUUUUAAAACACAGAAAUUCUUUUGAUCCAAAAUAAGGCAAGAAACUCAACUUGAAGCAAUGGCCAAUUGAGCUAUAACAUUCUAAUUCAUUUUAGAGGGUGAGAAGAACAUCCUUCUAAUGGAAUUUAAAGCAUCCCUGCUCACUCAACAUUGCUGGGAAAAUGUAGUGCAGAGACAGCAUUAAAUUCUUUCUAUGCUUGUCAGUGUUUCCUGGUGUGUUGUCCACUGAAAGUGACUGCAUGCAGCAAAUUCAGGUUCUGGCUUUUGUGCAGGAAUGUGCAAACCAUGAGCUACUGGUAUUCACUUGAAAU